AUGGCGUCGCCGCCACCCCCGCAAAUCAUCAUACCCAAUCCUCGCAAACGCGGCUCCAUCUCCAGCGUCUCUUCGCAGGCAAAGAAACGCAAACCCUCUAAUCUCCGCAACUCUUUCGACCCAGACAACGAAUCCGCCAUCGCGUCUCCGUUACGCCACAGCCGCUCACCUUCCGUCGGCAGUGUAGAUACGGCCUCACUCGUAAACGGAGCAGGCGGUGGCAGAAAGAGGAAGCGCAAAGGUGAUGAUGGUGCCAGCGUCGCCGGCAACUCUGCCCGCGACGGCGCACGUCCAGGCGAUCCUUCAGUGAACGGAGCUGCAGGUGCGGAGGAAGAGGAAGACGAUGACUACGGCGAAGACGAAGACGAGGGCACAAAGCUCGAAGGCGAGCGCCCCUCCGAAGCUGCCAAACAACAAGCCGCCCACAACGAGCGCAUGCUAGUGCUGGCCAUGGACGAAUCGCAGCAGAACGCCUACUCCGUAUACCGUCGUGUCAAACUCAAGACCUCCAUGGUGCGCAAGCUAGUCAACCAGACCCUGUCACAAUCCGUCCCGCCGAAUGUCAUCAUCGCGGUGACGUCGUACAGCAAGGCUUUCGUUGGCGAGCUUAUUGACCGCGCGCUCAUAGUUCGCGACGAAUGGGCCGCUGCUCGCACGCACUUGCCGAAUCCAAAUCUCCCUCCCGCCGUCCUGCAACAGGGUCUGCAAGAGCCGUUUGGUCAUCGACCGGAUAGUAAACCGUCGAAUCAGCAUAUUCAGAAUGCAGGCCUGUACCUGAACCAAGUGAACAGGGAAGAGGGAUUCUGGAAAGAGAUUCCGCGAGAUGCGAGUCUGAAGGAUAGGCUGAAGGAGGAGGACAAAGGCCCGUUGACGCCGGCGCAUCUGAGGGAGGCGCUGAGGCGGUAUAAGAGGGAUCGAGAAGGCGGUGGAGCUGGGUUCGCGGGUUUGAGCUUGGAGGGUCCGGAGAGAACGUUAGCAAGGACUGGGGGGCGGAGACUGUUCCGUUGA